AUGUGUGCACCAGGUUCGUUAUGUAUUGGUAUAUCAGCAAAUAAUCGAUCAAUUUGUGUAUGUUCUAUUGAUAAAUGGAGUUCUCAAUGUUUACUUUCUAAUGAAAUAUGUCAAUCAAAUAAAAAAACAACAUUGUAUCAUAAUGGUGGUUAUUUCGGUGAUACAUGUGAAAUGGUUAACAAUAAAAUUAUUCUAUCAUUUGAGAAAGAUGUCAUUUUAUCACAAUUAAUACUUGUUCAUUUUAUUGAAGUGAUAAAUAAUGCUACACAUGAAAUUGGAGCUACAUUUAAAACAAUUCCUUUCUAUCGAAAUUCAAUUAUUUUUAAUUGGUCACGUUCAUUUUAUAUUGCAUUAUUUGAAUUUUUUUUAAAAUGA